CAUUCUUUCACCAUCUCCAUCUUCAAUCCAAAAUUACAAAUUGCUUUUCUAACGAUUUUGAGCUCCUAAAGUAUUCGAUCUUGCGUUUUAUCGGCUGAAAUCAAAUCAAAUCAAUGCUUCACCGGAGCUUCAAACCUGUAAAAUGCAAGACGUCUUUGAAGUUAGCAUCGUCUCGAAUAAAGCUAUUGAAGAACAGGAAAGAUGUGCAAGUGAAGCAGAUGAAGAGAGAACUUGCUCAAUUGCUGGAAUCAGGGCAAGAUCAGACUGCUCGAAUCCGGGUUGAGCAUGUAAUUCGUGAGGAGAAGUUGAAAUUAGCUUAUGAUCUUCUUGAGAUAUAUUGUGAGCUUAUUGCUGUUCGUAUGCAAAUCAUUGAAUCUCAGAAGAACUGCCCCAUUGACCUAAAGGAAGCAAUUGCAAGCGUAUUAUUUGCAUCGCCUCGAUGUUCAGACGUAGUUGAACUACAAGAUGUUCGUAAGCAUUUCACUGCAAAAUAUGGCAAAGAAUUCGUUUCAGCUGCUAUUGAGUUACGGCCGGAGAGUGGUGUUAGCCGAAUGAUGGUGGAGAAGUUAUCUGCCAAGACCCCUGAUGGUCAUGAAAGAAUCAAGAUUUUAAAAGAAAUUGCAGAAGAACACAACGUUAAGUGGGAUGCUAAAUCACUCGAGCAAAUCGAGUUGAAACCUCCUGCAGAUUUGCUGAACGGACCGAAUACAUUCGAGAAGGCGAAGAUUAUCCAAACUGAGCCUCCCCAAGUUCAGACUGCCACCCCUUCAACUUUUCAAUCUCCUCAGAUAUCAACUGGAGCUGAACAUCAUCAGAAAACAUCAUUCAAACCCUCUAUUUCUGUGGAUGAUGCAUUUGUGAAGAAUCAGAACUUGGAAUUCGAGAAUGCAGUUGCAGCGGCUAAGGCAGCGGCUGAGUCUGCUGAAAUAGCUUGUAGAGCUGCUAAAGAAGCAGCAGAGCUUGCCAGAGAAGCAAAGCUUUCCAGGCAGUCUUCGACAGAAUCGCAGAAAUUAAGUGAAUCUAGAAAUGAAGAGCGAAGAAGGGAAGAUAUCAAAGAGUUUUCAAAUGUGAAAAACCCUGGAAAUCAUUCUUUCCAGGUAAAAGAUGAAAAGGGAAAUUAUAGGGCUAAACACUCGGAUUCUUUAAGGUCUAAGAAGUCCGCUGAUGAGAAAUAUCAGAAUGCAGAUCAAUAUUCACAGAAAAACUCAUACGUUGAUAACCAUCCUGUGAAGGAAGAUGACAAAAGAAAUCAUUCUUUCCAGGUAAAACAUGAAAAGGGAAAUUAUAGGGCUAAUCACUCGGAUUCUUUAAGGUCUAAGACUUCCGCUGAUGAGAAAUAUCAGAAUGCAGAUCAAUAUUCACAGAAGAACUCAUUCGUUGAUAACCAUCCUGUGAAGGAAGAGAAGAGUAAUACUUUAUAUUCGAAUCAACAGUCUAGUAUCAUUGAAGAAAGAAUUGACAAACAAGCUAGCAGUGAUGAUGACCAAAGAAGCUAUAAUCAUCCCCGGAAAAAUACUUAUAUUGGAUCUGAUUUUCCUGUUGAAAAAGAAGAAUUUUCAGAUAAGACUGCUGUAGUUUUUGAUGAUUUGGGUUCGGAUGAUGAUGGUCAAGAGUACUCCUCGUUUGGUAAGAAAUCGUUUGUUAAUAUCUCUGGCAGUAAAGCUAGCAGUGUUGAUGACCAAAGAAACUAUAAUCAUCCCCGAAAAAAUAGUUAUAUUGCAUCUGAUUUUCAUGUUGAAAAAGAAGAAUUUUCAGAUAAGCCUUCUGUAGUUUUUGAUGAUUUGGGUUCGGAUGAUGAUGGUCAAGAGUCUUCCUUGUUUGGUAAGAAACCGUUCGUUAAUAUCUCUGGCAGUAAAGCUAGCAGUGAUGAUGACCAAAGAAGCUAUAAUCAUCCCCGGAAAAAUAGUUAUAUUGCAUCUGAUUUUCAUGUUGAAAAAGAAGAAUUUUCAGAUAAGCCUUCUGUAGUUUUUGAUGAUUUGGGUUCAGAUGAUGAUGGUCAAGAGUCUUCCUUGUUUGGUAAGAAACCACUCGUUAAUAUCUCUGGCAGUAAAAUUUCUUCGCCUCCUUCGCAGCCGGAAAAACUUUUACCUGUGUCAUUUGAUGAUUCUGAUGGCCCCAGCUCUGAUACUGAAGAUGAAGCAGACAAGUAUAAGUUUAAUUCUCAACCUUCAAAGAAUGUUUAUAUCCAAGAUCCACAGCCUGUCCUGAAUAAGUCCGACAAUUCAAAGAAAAAUAGCAACCCCAGCAAUGCUAAGGCCAGAGUUGGGCUAAAUUCAUCUUUUGAUGAUUCUGACUCAUUGAAUGAGUUUGGAGCUUGGUAUGAUAAAGAGAUGAAUUUUGACGAUGAACCUGUUGAUCCCUCACAGUCCAGGAAAACCGUAAAGGAGUUGACUAUUUCUGAUGAAUCAGGAGAGUCGAGUUUAGACUUUGGAAACUUAAGAGGCGGUUUAAGACAUCAGAAACCUAGACCACCACCUUACACCAACAGCGCCUUUUCGGGUAAACCUAAUCUGACAGUAUCUGAAUCGGAUAGUGAUGAUUCUAAUGUGGUACCUCCUCCAAGACAAAGUCCUAACAGGAAAAGGGAAUCAUUCAAGGUUAGUGAAUCUGUGGAAGAUCAAUCAUCACAAGUGUCUGCCAAAAUAGACCGAGUUGAGACUAUUCUUUCUCGAAGAACAAAGCCUACUCCUAAACCUACUUCAAGAACUGAGACGAGUCCAACUAAACAUGUUUCUUCUAGACCAGUGGCUGAAGAAAGACUUGAUAAUUCUGAAUCUUCGAGAAUUUCCUACAAUCCCAAGCCUAAGCAGGAAAAACCGGUCUCAUUACGCCAAAGAAUUGAACCAGAAUCAUCUAAAUCAUUGGCUGAAGAAAGACUUGAACCAACUAAACAUGUUUCUUCUAGACCAGUGGCUGAAGAAAGACUUGAUAAUUCUGAAUCUUCGAGAAUUUCCUACAAUCCCAAGCCUAAGCAGGAAAAACCGGUCUCAUUACGCCAAAGAAUUGAACCAGACCCAUCUAAAUCAUUGGCUGAAGAAAGACUCGGUUAUUCUGAAGCUCAGCCAACCUCAUUUCGACGAAAAACUAAACCAGGCCCAACAGAGAAAACCGAUUCUAAAACAAUUGUUGAAGAAAAACCCAUAAACUCUGAAGCCAAGCCUCGGAGGGAGAAACCAACCGUAACUCACCAAACCGAGCCAGACCAAUCUAGUUCUAAAACAAUGGCCGAAGGAAAACCCGAAAAGUAUGAAACCAGGUCAGAUAGAGUUUCUUCAAGGACCUCCAAUGAUCCCAAGCCUGAGAAGGAGAAACCAACCUCAACUCAACAAAGAACUGAGCCGGGUCAAUCUAGUUCCAAAACAAUGUUUGAAAUAAAACCCGAAAAGACUGAAGGCAGGUCAGAUAGAGUUUCUUCAAGGACCUCCAGUGUUCUCAAGCCUGAGAAGGAGAAACCAACCUCAACUCAACAAAGAACUGAGCCGGGUCAAUCUAGUUCCAAAACAAUGUUUGAAAUAAAAUCCGAAAAGUCUGAAGCCAGGUCAGAUAGAGUUUCUUCAAGGACUUCCAAUGAUCCUAAGCCUGAGAAGGAGAAACCGGCCUCAACUCAACAAAGAACUGAACCGGGCCAAUCAAGUUCCAAAACAAUGUUUGAUAUAAAAUCCGAAAAGUCUGAAGGCAGGUCAGAUAGAGUUUCUUCAAGGACCUCCAAUGAUCCCAAGCCCGAGAAGGAGAAACUGGCCUCAACUCAACAAAAAACUGAACCAGGUCAAUCUAGUUCUACAACAAUGUCUGAAAGAAAAACUGAAAAGUCUGAAGCUAAGACAUCAACAGAAGAAGGCCUAACUUCCGAGAGCUCAAUAAAGAAGGCUAGUCAUGUUCAUCCGAAGCUUCCUGAUUACGAUGAUAUAGCUGCCCGUUUACAGGCUCUUCGAGUUAACCGUGGCUAAAGCUAAGUUGGUUUAUAUGAAAGUAAAAAAAAAUGACAGAUUCCAUUAGUGUUCUUUUGCAGCAGCAUCCACGGGUAUGGCAGGAAAGGCAAAAUAUCAUAUUAUUUGAUUCUUUUUUUUUUGUAGUACACUUAAUGAAUUGGUUGCUCUUCAUCUCUUUUGUAUAAUGCCAUUUUAUUCAAGCUGACCAUCAUCACACUGGCAGUUUUAUAUUUAAGUAUGUUUUUGUAUGUUUGGUUGUUGAGAUUGGACAAUAUAAUACUAUAUAUUAUAUACCAUAUGAUUUGUUUGGAGAAAUUCUAUAUUCUGAUUAUGUAUUUUCUUUUGU